GGGUGGGUGAAUGCUUGUAACCUGCUGCAGGCUUCAACACCGGUUUGACAAGCCUGCCAUUCAAGCCGCUCUGCUGAUGUCACAACAGGUUUUCUUUUUAUCCAGCCGGAUCCAGAGCGACGCCGGUAACACAGACUGGAUCCUCAGGACUGCUCCAAACCUGAGCACAGAGGAGCAGCUGAACCUGACUCUGCAUGCCCCGGGAGGAGGAUGGGACCUUUAGCAGGUGCCAGAUGUUUGUCCCUGUGGACUGGGACAUCGCUACCAUCCGGGAGCACGGACUCAACGACACCACAGGGUGUCUGAAUGGAUGGGUGUACGUAACAUGCUGUAUGAGGCCACUAUAGUCACUGAUGUGAGUUUAGCAUGUCGUUUUCCUCCAUGACACCAGCGGUGCUGAUUUUUCUCACUGUUGUUUUGCAGUUUGGUCUCGUUUGUGAAAAGUCCAACAUGACUGCAGUAGCACAGACUGUUUUCAUGACGGGUUUAGUUGCUGGUUCAUUUAUCUUUGGACCGAUGGCUGACUUGUUAGUGCCUUCAACCCAAUCUAAUCAAAGAUACACCAGCUUGUUCCUGAUGCUUUAACCAUCCAUGUAACUGUCUCAUUGUCUAAACUUCAGGUAUGGUCGCAGGAGAACCACCCAGCUUCCAGUUGUCCUCCUGUUGAUAAUUAUCGCAGCUGCUGGGGUGUCUCCAAACAAUUCGCUGUAGGAGCUGCUCCGUUGUGUUGGGUAUGCCUUCUAAUCUUUUGUUACUGUACCUGUCUUUAGUUCUGCAUAAAAUGCUCAGAAUUGGCGGCUGAACUUUGUUUGCAGCUACAGAGUGGAUUGGAAUCACUAAACGGUCCUUCGCCUCCUGUAUGGGCCAGAUGUUUGGAGGUCUUGGACAAGUUGCCAAGUAGAUAUUACGGACCACUUACCAAUUUUUAUAAUUUAUGAUAAUUAUAGGAAUGAUAAUCCAGAUAAUAGUAUAAGGUACAGACGUAUACGAACAGUUAAUACAACUAACGCCUUGAAGAAGGAAUUGAUAAGACAGACAUGGGAGGAAGUGUACCAGCAAACUGAUGUUGACAAGGCUUAGGAGACCUUUGUAAGAAUAUUUAUUUCAUUGUAUGAUAAGAAUUGUCCCAUAACAAAAUUUAGUAGCUCAAAAAAAAAAUAAAAUAAAAAAAAAGGAUAAUCAACCAUGGAUGAUGAAGGGGAUAAAGUGUGCCUGCAAAAAGAAAAAUAAUUUGUACAGGUUGUUUAUAAAUAAAUAAAAACUCCAGAAGCUGAACAUAAAUAUGAAAUAUAUAAGAAUAAACUUACCAAUAUAAGAAUAUGUAAAAAGGUGUAGGCUAUUAUUAUAAAAGUUUGAAUAAUGCUAAGCAUGAUAUUAGAGAAGUGUGGAAAAUAUUAAAUCAUGUAGUUGACCAAAUUUAGGUAAUGAUAAAUUUCCAAAAUAUUUUGUUGAAAACGGAAUGUAAAACAUGAUCAUGGUGAUGUGGCUGGACCCCCUUGCUAGUGUCCAACACAAGCCAGCCCCCCAACCCAACUACAUGCAUUCACACAUUAAACAUGAUCAUUUCCCAUUUGUUUUGCAGACAUACAGAGUAACUUAUACUGUAUAGUGUGUUAUUGGGACAUAAAUGUAAUUUUUACAAAUAAAUUCUUAUACUUCUCAACCUCAGCUAAGACAAAAUUGUGGGGACGCCCAAUUUGGGAACCCCUACUGAAGUCGAUUCAUGAUGUGAUGAACGAGUUUCGGGGCAGAGAAGGAAAGCGUUUCCUUCCUAAAUAAAGAUGUUUGCGUCAUCUGUGACAAUUGGAAUCAUAGGAUGCCCAAGGAAGGUCCCGCCUUUCUCGCCUUUGAUUGGCUGGAAGGGCUCUCCUAUGAUUUUCUAUUUUAUUUAACAGCAAACCGUCUUCCCUUGCUGCAGGGCUUUUGAUCUUAAGGAGUUUUUAAAGAAAAUAGUGGUAUAAAAACCAUUCUGUUCUGUUUUACAACAUGCCAAUUUCAGUUUCUCUCUUAAAAGAACAUGAAAUCAUCAAAAAUGUACUUGUAAUAAGUCUUGCUGCGUUUAUCACACUGUUGAAUUUACUUAAUAAUAAUAAUAUUAAUUACUUAAUAAUAAUAUAUCUUUGUUGUUUCUUAAGCAUUGUGGUUAUCUUAUUGGGAAUACUAGGCAAGGCAAGCCAGCUUUAUCUAUAUGGCCUAUUUCAGACACACCGGCAAUUCAAUAUGCAAAAUAAUAACAUUAGGAAGGAGGAGGAGAAGAAAGACGAGAAGGAAAUGGAUUAAUAAAGUAUUUUUUUGUAGAAACACUUCUAAAUUUUACCAAACACCAUAUGGGACAUUUGCACCCUCUGCUGGCACAAAAUCAGAACAACACUCUGGAUUCCAACAGCAUUUAGAAAAGAUGGGAAGAUACCGUUGACAUAUAUACUGGACAAUUCGUGUCCAUAGGCUCCAAUUAAACGUUUUUGUGGCAAAAUGGGAGGUGGCCACCACCGCCAUUUUGACCGUGUCACAAGCCCAGACAAUUCCAUAAGGGGGAAAAGAGGUGGAGCUGAGGGUGGGGCUGUAAGGCUGGGAUCAAAUGACGACACCUGUCGAACUGAAGCGAUGUAGCUACAAGCUAACCCAAAGCUAACGCGGAGGUGGGAGCUAAGCUAACGGAGGUAGCUACCUAGUUACAACUGGAGUUAACUGUGCACAACACCAGAGCUUGAGUCAGAGAUACGCCGGGCUGACCGCUGGGUAAAAUUGUUUGGAACACAGAGGUCUCCUGAGAGCUCCACAAGCCGGCAGACCACGCAGCAGACAGGCGCCGCUGCGAUCAGAGAUGCGCCGAGCUGCCGCUGAGGGGAGUGGGCCAAACCGAUAGUCGAAACCCAGCUCCAACAGCAUGUCAAAUUUCAACCCAUUUUCAAAAUGGGUUCAUGUUUUUGUUCUUUUUUUACUGAGUAAAUAUUCUCUCUGAGACAGAUUCAUGUUGCAUUGCGAGGCGGUUCAGCAGAAACAUCUUCUGCAUGUGCCCUUGGACACAAGUCGGACUGCCAAGCCUGCAAACUUGAGCUAGUUAGAUUUCACUCUGAUAAAUGCUGACUCCUGGCACAUCGAUGAACUCCUGCUGCCGUGUUCUUUGUACUGGUUCUUCUCAAAAGCAGAGUUUGGCUGGAAACUUUAGACAGGGACAUAUUUACAAGAGGACAAUGGCUGCAAGACUCUGAUGGAUCAACUAGCGCAUGUUGUUUCUGAUUUGCUUAUAUAACUUGAAGUAGUUUUAUAAUGACUUACUGAGUGGUAGUACAAUGACCCAGAUGUUUGUAAUUAUUCUUAAAAUAGAACGUUCUUUCCCCUGGUCCCAUUAAGUCACAGAUUUGAAGAAAAGAACCUGCAAAAUUAGAGUCUGUAAGAAAUUAAAUCAAGAUGCCUUUCCUAGUUAAAAACGAGUCUUUACAGGUGCAGCUUUUCAAAACUCGUCACUGCAAAGUCCACAAUAUUAUCCAAUAGGUUUCAUGACUUCUGAAUGCAUUCAAUAACUUUUUAGCUUUAUAAAAGUAAAAAAAUAAAACAGCAGCAAUCUGGACUGCAGGGCAAAACAAACAUGGUAUAAUGGAGUGGUUGACCCAGAUGUGAUGAGUUUGGUUGAGUAAUCCCGGGAGCUACUGCUCUUUACACAACAUAAAACACCCAUUGUGAAGUGCCGUCUCAUCUUUCCUGAAGUGCAUCGUCAUGGGUUGAAACAUUAAUAGCUUUGUUUAAAGGUCACUCUGCAGCAACAUCUCUGAAAGGGAAAGUCUGCUUUCCAGACAUGGCUGAAUUUGGCAAAAUCCUGCAAAGUAUUGGAGAGUUUGGAUUAUUUCAGAAGACCAUCCUGUUUGCUCUUUCUUUUCCAAAUUUUGUUAUGCCUUUUCACUUUGCCAGUGUGUAUUUCACCCAGCCGGAUCCAGAGCGACGCUGUAACACAGACUGGAUCCUCAGGACUGCUCCAAACCUGAGCACAGAGGAGCAGCUGAACCUGACUCUGCCCCGGGAGGAGGAUGGGACCUUCAGCAGGUGCCAGAUGUUUGUCCCUGUGGACUGGGACAUCGCUACCAUCCGGGAGCACGGACUCAACGACACCACAGGGUGUCUGAAUGGAUGGGUGUACGGUAACAUGCUGUAUGAGGCCACUAUAGUCACUGAUUUUGAUCUAGUUUGUGAACAGGCUAGUUUGUUGGGCGUGGCACAAACAGUGCUGAUGGCCGGCAUCCUGGUCGGAUGUCUCUUACUUGGACCUUUUGCUGAAUCGUUUGGUCGUAAGCGCGCCGCUCAGAUCCCAGUGGUUGUGAUGGUUGUUUCUACUGUAGCUACUGGAUUAAGUCCCAUCUUCUACUUAUAUCUGGUGUCCCAGUUCAUGGUGGGCAUCGGCUACGGGGGAUAUCGACUUAACGGUGUCAUAUUAGCUACUGAAUGGAUCGGGCCGACUAAAAGAUCACUGGGAGCAUGUCUGACUCAGCUAUUCGCUGCUGUUGGACAGUCCGUUCUCGCUGGUGUGAUCUACUUCAUCAGAGACUGGAGACAGGCUCAGCUGAUCACUGCUGCUCCUCUAGCAGUGAUUACUAUAUACAUAUGGUUUAUUCCAGAGUCAGCCAGGUGGUUGUUAAGCAGAGGAAGAACCGAAGAGGCUAAACAGUUGAUCACUAAAGUGGCAAAUUUCAACAAACAAGCUGUUCCAAGGCCUCUGCUACAAAAGAUUGUUAUAAAAGAAACAGAAGAAAAGGGAGGUGUGAAACUUCUUAUUCGAUCAUCUGUGCUCAGAAAGUAUUUCCUUACCAUAAUUUUUGCUUGGUUCUCACUCAACGUUACCUAUUACUGUCUUUCACUGAAUGUGGGGAACUUUGGCCUGGAUGUUUUCCUGACUCAGGCCCUGUUUGGCCUGUCUGAACUACCAGCUCAUCUUCUGUGUAUUUGGCUGUUGGAGGCAGUGGGGAGAAAAGUCUCUCUGAUCUCAACCCUUCUGAUGGGCGGAUUCUCCUGCAUCUCCAUUCUAGCUGUUCCUCAAGGGAACGCCGUUGCUGUCACCUCAUUGGCCAUCGGAGGCAGAUUUUUCACUAACUGGGCAGGAUCCAUAUGCAGCGUUUAUGUUCAGGAGCUGUUUCCAACAUCUUUUCGGCAGACAGCUUCUGGUUUGAGCUCCAUUACAAGCCGAGCUGGUGGAUUAAUUUCCCCUCUUCUCAACAUGUUGGUUGUGUACCAUUGGUCCAUACCUGUCAUUGUCUUCAGCUGCCUCCCACUGAUCAGUGGAGUGCUCAGCUUCCUGCUUCCUGAAACCAAAAGGAGAGAGCUACCAGAUUCAAUGGAUGAGGCCGAGGGGUACAAGAAGGUCCUUCUGAAGCCUCUACAUGGAAUAAACACACCUCCACAAACCAGUUCCACGGAGUAGUAGCUUUUAUGUUUUAGUUAGAUUUAGUUUUAAUUUACUAAUUAGAUUAUUUUAUCAGAACAAGUAAAAGUGAUGCCUAGCAGUUCUUGCUGGAUCUCUUAAACAAUUAGAUAUUUGUGUCUUUCCUGUAUUUAUAAAACAUGAAUGCUUAGAAGUUAUCAGAACUGACACUCCAAAUGUCAUUAUUUUUAUUCUGAUGGUAAAAACAAAUAGAUUCAUGUAGCAAUUAAAUGUUAAACCUCCAAUGUAAACAUCCUCUUCAGUUUAGCCACUCACUUUAUUUAAAUUUUUUUAUAUAAUUUUUUUUACGAUAAAUCAACAAGACUUCAUUUUGAAACUCAAUUAGAAACAGCAGCAGAAAUGUGGUCAGAGGACUAAUACAUUCAUGCUCCCUAGUGGACAAAGAAGGUAAUGACAGAUUAUUUAACACAACUCAGCCUCAGAAAUGUUCUCAACACCUUUUAUAUUUGCUUGAUUUAAAAGACAAAAUAUAGGAUUUCAUCUUUAUAGAAAGCACAAGGAAUUUUCUGUUUUUUAUAUGAAAGUCAACAUUCCUAAAGUUGAUAAAUGCACUUGUUGUAGAUGCUGUUGAGGGGAAAAUGUAUUCAUAAAAAUAUCUAUUUUAUUUUCAAUACCUUCAGAAUCUUAAACUGGAAACUUCUCAGAUAAAACCAGGAUUAAAGAGGUAACACAAGUGACAAGCAAACAUGCUGGAAACAACAUCUUUUAUCACAAAACUGUUGUUGGGUGGUUGGAGGAGUUCCUCUGGGAAGAUGUGUCGGCACCUUUUUUUUUCACGUUUUUGAGGCUAAACUGUAAUUGAGUCCACUCCAUUGGCUGAGAAGAACACCUGACACACACACACACACACACACACAAACACACACGCACGCACGCACGCACGCACGCACACACACACACACACACACACACACACACACACACACACACACACACACACACACACUUGAUUGCAAAGAGGGCCUUUGCAAUUAAAUUCAUACAUUUGAAGACUGUUUUACGUCAGCGUAAACUUACGUCAUCAAGUAUGUCAGCAGAGGAAUUCCCUGUACAAUAAAUAUUGUCAGUUGUGUAAGUUUGUCGUUAUUUUUUGCAGUUUUAUUAGUUUAUUCUAAUAAUGGAAGCAAACUUGUGAGCUAUGUCGAUAACUUGCAUUUCCUAUUAUGAGACUUCAAAGACAUCUGUCAAAUACGUUUUACAUAUUGUGUUUAGAUGAUGACAACCAUGGUGAACUAGGUUGUGGGAAUGACAUUUGACAUGUAAAACCCUGUUUUUUCACUUGUUAAAUUUUAACUUCACAUAGGCUGUAGCAGCUCUUUAAUCCUUCCUGAUUACUUUGACAUGCCAAAGUUAAGGGUUUAUUUGCCCUUUAAAACCAAAGUAGUUCUUUUGUUUCUGAACUUACCGCCUUUCACUGAGCUACACACACACACACACACACACACACACACACACACACACACACACACACACACACACACACGUACAGGAUGUUAUGAGGUGUGUGUGAUGUGGCUGGGAAACAAGUGAACACGGUGAAAAGUUUUCCAUUGUUUUCUCUGGCGAUCACGUGUUGCACCCACAACACAGCAACGAUGUCCCGUGGUUGCGUAAUAUAACCGAUCAAAUGAAUAAUAGAUUAUUUUAAGCCACAAGAAUGAGACUGAGUGAGCUGUUGUCAGUAGCAACAAGCAACAAGUUAGAACUUAUAGCGCGUCGGUGUUGACAACACGAUAACGAGCCAUAUUCUAAGAGUCUGUGAAAGGCGCACCAACAUCAUUUAUGAUGUACGUGGAGGUGUCUAAAAGUAGAUGCUGGCCUUAUUAAGGGUUAAAGCCACUGUAGUUCUUUUUUUUCUCAAUUUGCAGACUUUCACUGAGUCACACACACACACACACACACACACACACACACACACACAGAGAGAGAGAGGAAGUUAUGUGGCUGUGCAGUUUAAAAGCUUUUUUUUUAAUUAUAAAUCUGUAAUCAUAGCAGAAAAAGUGUUUUGUUUUUUAAACAUUGUUUAGUUUUAUUACUGUACUCUCAGCUGAAUUGUACACAUAUGUAAUCUGUAGCCCAUAAAAUAUAAAGAGACGUCUCAAAGGUCAUCUUUAACCUCAUUCUUUUCUUCCAGAUGGAAAAGACCUGGUUAAAACAUUAAAACUAUGUUUUUGCUGA